UCCGGACCCCCGCUGUGAACCUCCAGACCCGCCUCCACCCCUCAUCCCUCCCGGGGAGAAACACACUCCAACACCCCGGCCUGCUUCCUCCCGUUCCGCCAGGUAUUUUCUGGGGUUUUUCCCAUCAGCUCCGUGCCCAGAGGAAGUGAGUGGACGGUGUGACAUGGCAAAUAGAGCCGGAGCCACACGACCCAAUGGGCCAAACACAGGCAACAAGAUCUGCCAGUUCAAACUCGUGCUACUAGGAGAGUCAGCCGUGGGAAAGUCGAGUCUCGUGCUGCGAUUCGUCAAGGGACAGUUUCAUGAAUUCCAAGAGAGCACGAUCGGAGCUGCCUUCCUGACUCAGACAGUAUGUUUGGACGACACAACAGUCAAGUUUGAAAUCUGGGACACAGCUGGUCAGGAGCGCUACCACAGUCUGGCCCCCAUGUACUACAGAGGGGCCCAGGCCGCCAUCGUGGUCUAUGACAUCACAAAUGAGGAGUCAUUUGUACGGGCAAAGAAUUGGGUUAAAGAGCUGCAGAGACAAGCCAGUCCCAAUAUUGUAAUAGCUCUGGCUGGGAACAAGGCGGAUCUCGCAAACAAGAGAACACUGGACUUCCAGGAUGCGCAGUCGUACGCCGACGACAACAGUUUGCUGUUCAUGGAAACGUCAGCAAAGACCUCUAUGAACGUGAAUGAGAUUUUCAUGGCCAUCGCAAAGAAGCUUCCGAAGAACGAGCCUCAAGCCACCGGCGCCAGCAGUGGGCGGAGCCGGGGGGUGGACCUGACGGAGACGGCUCAGCCCACCAGCCGUCCCUGCUGCAAUCACUAACCCAGCUCUUCCUGCUUAUCCUCCUCCCCCCCCACCCGACACACACACACACACACACACACACACACGCACACACACAUCACCCCCGCCCCCCCACUCUGCUCCCUCUGGACAUCCACCCGACCCUCCACCUCACUCCCCUGGAUUAGCUAAAAGACUCUGUAUAGCUGCAUUUCUAAUACCUUUUUGUUUUUUUGUUGGUGUUCUUUCAUUUUUUUUCUUUGUUUUUGUUUUUUUAAAACCUUUUUUUAAGAAGUGUAUAUCAGUAUAAUGGAUGCAUGUAUCACUACAACGCCUAAAACACACACACAUUUUUGCUUCUUAUUAAGUUGGACGAUUAACCCCGUGUAGGACGAGUGAGUGAGCGAGUGAGGGACCUGUGAGCGUGUGUGUGAUGAGGAGGAGGAGCCUCUGGAUGUGAAGUGUGAUGCCUGUAAUACUCUUAACGAGCGGGUUUAGUUUUUACAAUCACUAGAAAAAACCAUAUUGUUUAUUUUGAGGGUGACGGGAAAACGCAAGAACCCCUCCCUCCCUCACGUGUGUCCCCCCCCGAGACGCCGUCCAGGCUCCAACAAGGAAAAGUGGGAAACAAGUUUAGCGCUCUCCAGUUUUUUAAAAGGAAAAGUUGGAAAUGCACAAAAAUGUACUUUGAGAAAAACGUAGAAAAGCAGCCUGGAUGAGUCAGAGUCAAAUAGUUCCCUGAAAACAAAUUGGCGUCUCCAUCUGUAGAGCAGUGUGCGUUUUUUUGUCACUUUGCCACACAACAUGGGAGUUUCAGACGUGUGAGGAAUCGGGAAACCGGCCGCUUCGGGCCAAACUGAGAAACCUGCUCUGACAAGAUGUUUAAAUUCAGCUUUGCUUUUCAAUGGAAGCUUUCACGCUGCAGCGUCAUCACAGAGAAGCUCCGACACCGAUCUGGCUUCACAUGAGAAACAAAUAAAAUAAACUGUUGAGCAUCCUGCAGGGAAUCGAACACACGAGUCAAACUCCUGUCAAUCCACCUGGUUUCUGCUUAAUCUGAAUUAAGAUUCGUUCAGAUUAAGAUUAAGUUCGGAACUGCACACAAACAGGAAAUCGGACGAUCCAUUGUCACUUCUCCUCUAAUGUUGUUACAGGGUGCAAUGUUGUCUUCUUCCUCCUUUAGAUCAGCUUGCAGAGCUCACCAGGACAUUUAUCUAGAGAUUCCGAACAAUUGUACAGUUCAUUAUCAGUCUGCUUUGGGGUUUAUAGUUUCUUUUCUUUUCUUUCAUUUUCAUUUUUCAUUCUAGACCUUUGUCACAAAACUGGUCACAUGUUACGCAGUGGUGGUCUUUUUAGGUAUGUGUAGUGUUAUUAACAAAAUCCCUCCGUGGUGUCUUGUUACUUUUCUCAGAAAUGGUCCAUGGUCAUGUUUGAAAGGAACUUUUAUUGCAUUGCACAGUGUUGAUCCUGUUUUAAUUAAUGAUGACUGCCCUUCGAUUUUAUAUGACAGACUGUAUUGGACUUGCUAACCUACGACUAUAAACAGGUAGCGUAAUUAACCUGACCGGUGGUCUCUCUUACAGCUCAAUGAAUUUUAAUAAUGUAAAACAGCAUUACUAGUGAUGGGCUGAUCAGUUUUGAGUGUCUGAAUUCAACUUAAUAAAUUCCAUAAAGAGA